CUGGCGUUGUUUGUAUUCCGGCAUAAAUGUUAAAUAUCGAAAUUUAUGUUUAUUUUCAAUAUUUCACUUAGAAUGUCAUAAAACCUAUUUAAUUUUAUGAGUGUAACUUUGUUUUUUUUUCCAAAAUUGUGCUUAAUUAGCUAAAAAAAUCACGUCAGCACACAGGGGCUUCAGGGGACGACGAUAAUGGCUGAACAACCUCGAAAUUGUAGAGAUGGGUGGCCGACUCUAAAUGAAAGAAAAUGCAUAUGAAUUGACAAACUUUAAUCGAACAUCGUGUAGCUUUAGCUUUAUAAAUUUUAAUUACAAAUAAACAUGUAGCCGUGAAUUUGAUAAUAUCACGAUGUUCGCAAUAGCAGGUUCCACAUUCCCAUGACACCAAUUGUUUAAUCAACAUACAUGGACAAAACAUAGUGCCGCCUUCAUAACCCAAAAAUAUAAACAAUCACAAUGGCUUCACAAUCUAACACUGCAGGACCGAAGCCGAGCCAAAUGUUCCACAUCCCGAAGGCCACUACUAUAGAUAAAAUUGGCGGGAUCCACUGUCACAUAUGUAAAUUAACUUUCGGUAAAAAAAAAGAAUAUGACGAACAUUACGUGGGGCAUAAUACAGGAGAGAAAGAAACCGUUUAUACUUGUGUCAUAUGCCAUAAGCAGAUAGCUGGCUACCGGAGUUUCCAGGGGCAUUGUUACCUCAAACAUGUUGUCAAAGACAGAUUUACAUGCAAUGACUGCUAUAGAAUGUAUUCAAAACAAAGCUUGUUGCUGAAACAUAUUGCAUCUAUGCAUACAUUCAUAUGCAAAAUAUGUAAGCAAAGUUUCACCUCAAAAAACGAACUUCUCAUUCACAAUAUCAUCCACAAAUCUGAGAAAAACAAAGCACCUUUUCCAUGCAUGACAUGUGGCAAGUAUAUAGAUACAGCAGAUAUGUGUGAAUUGCAUAUCGAUGAGGCCAGUUCAUUUACAUUUCCGUGUCCAGUGUGCGAAGAAUCAUUUCCGAAUCGACCGGAGAUCCUGAAACAUUUAACCAAGCAUUUUGAUGAUGAAAUAGAAAUCAAUACUGACACGAAAGUGUUGAUUGAAGAUUGCUCUGUAAACAUGGUCGGUGUAUACUGCUGCUUCUGUGAGGAAACUUUUAACAAUCGCAUCGAAUAUGAUUUGCAUUAUGAGACUGAGCAUAGCGACAAGGAACUUGUUUACACAUGUACAAUAUGCAAGAAGCAAUAUAAUAAAUAUGCAUUGUUUGGCAAUCACUGUCAUUUCCAUAUUUCCAAGAACAGAUUCGAGUGUUCGGAGUGUGGCAAGCUGUUCCCGCGGCUGUCGCUGCUGGUGCUGCACCGCGCGGCGCACGGGCCGGGCCACGACCCCGAGCGGCCCUUCCCCUGCUCGCACUGCGACUGCACCUUCUCCACGCUGCAGCGCCUCACCGAGCACCACCGCCGCGAGCACCCGCACCGAGACAUCCGCUGCCACAGACCAGGCUGCGACCUCACAUUCGAAUCGUUCAAAGAUCUGAUCCUCCACUACCCGAGUCACAGCGACGAAUAUUGCUGUCGUCAGUGCGGUCUUCAGUUCAGCACGCUCUCCUCUUGCGAGAAGCAUCUAAACGUUCACGCCAUCAAGCAUUACUCCUGCCCUGUCUGUAACCAAAGAUACCAGCACAAGUACCAACUUAUCAAGCACAUACCUCAACACUUUGAAACUGUCUUCCAUGUUUGCACAACAUGCGGGAAGUCUUACAACGCUAAAUCGAGGCUCAUACAGCACGCGAAAACUCAUACGUUAAGGCAGUUCAAAUGCACUUAUUGCAGAAAAGCAUUCCUCAAAGAUUAUGAUCUACAGCAACACGUGAAUAUUCAUAUUGGUUUACUUCCCUACAAGUGUUCGUUAUGCCCCAAAGCAUUCGCUAGUUAUUCGAAUCACUACAAACACAUGCUUCGCGUGCACAAUGUCCAACCAAAAUCUAAAUCGAAUCUACAAAAAAAUAUCAAAGAUCCAUCCAAGAAAGAAUGCCAUGACAAAGAUACGAAUGAAGAAAAACAAUCUGUAGUUGAUCAAAAGCCGUUAGAGCAAACCAUAAUGGAUACGGAUGAUAGUACAGUAGAGAGUAUUGAUCCCAUCGCUCUUGAGAAGGAAUUGCAGAUGUUCAACGAGACCAACAACGGGGACACUGUUGAUGGAUCCCAACUUGCUGACAUUCAGCCCAACAAUAGUGCUGUAGCUGUCUUUGAUUUCCAAUCAAACAAUUCAACAUUCCAAACGUCCAUGGUCCCUCCGGAGUAUGGCCCCGACUUUGUGAACAAGGCCAUCGAGAGCUCAGCGUUCAGCGGUGACUACAUAGACCUGGAUGACCACCUCAUGCCCCACAUUGACCCAUUGUUGACCAUCAAGCACGAACUGUUGUCCCGGCCCGCCUGGGAGCCGCCCAUCAUUACCACACUGUACCCGCCUUACUAUGAAGACGUCGCAGACUCCAGCAGGCUUUCCAUCAUGAACACCGACAUAUACUAAUGCAGUAUGUUUGGUGAGCACCAAAACAUUGCUACGUUUUAUAUUUGCACCCAUUAAAUUGUAUUUUCAGAAGAUUUCAUAGUUAUAAUAAAUAAAAAAAAUAUAUUUUACGGUUUAUGGUUACUACAUAUUACUACAGCUUGAGUGUAAACCGGACGUCAACCGAACAAAUGAGAAUGAAUUAAACCGUAAAAUUGUUUUUUUUUUUUAAUAAUUUGUUAACUUUACAUUAUUCAUUAUUGUUGUCUCUCUAUUUAUAGAUUGUAAUAAUUGAUUGUUGAUUAAGAACAUUUGUGCUAACCAUAGUAAUGUGCGGGGGACCACUCCUGUGCACUUGACAAGCUAACCAUUUAUACCUCUAAGACGAUUUUUCAGUCUUCAGUUCAAUUGAUAAACAGUAGUUAUUAUUUAUCACAGAUUUCAAUGUUUCUUUUUUAUUUUCAUUAACAAAACAAUCUGAUUGUCCAUGGUUUUUCAUUUAAAGACAGGUUUUGUUUAGGCCAAUUAACACAAAGUUAAAGAUGUUGUAGAUAUAGUAGGUUGACCGACUUUUUUUUAGUAUUGCUAAUUAAAAUCUGAUGUUCGAGUCUGAGGAUUGGAAAAUCGACUACAAAUGUUAAAGGUUCAUAGUAUUUCUAAUGGCCAAAUGAUAUUCGCAUCCAAUAAUAUUGUUAUACAUAAAAAUAUAUAUUUACGAUAUUAAAAUGGAUAUGUACUUGUUAUUUAUAAAUAUUUAAGUAAAAGAGAAUAUAUACAUUUUCUAUAUAUACAGUAUUUACACAAAUGAUACAUAGUAUAAAUAAAAAUAUCAUUUGGUCCAAUUUAAUAGCUACCUCAAACGAAUAAAUAUAUUUACACAAUACCUCAGUAAUCCAUAGGAAAUAUAUUUUAAUGUUGAUAAAAGUACAUUUUAUAAUAUAGAACCCACCAAAUGAUAGUGUGUUAAUGUUUUGUAAUCAUAUACAUAACCACGCUACCUCAUGUUAGUAUAAGUCGCUAAAGUAAUUCAUUAUAAAGUAUUAACUCUUUGUUUCACAAGGUGAUCUGCGAAUUAAACGUCAAAUAAAGCAUUUGAUAUUUUAGAAAUGUUAUAAUAUUUUGUUCGGUUAAUACUGCAGGGGUAUAAACACAUUCUGUGUUGCCAAGAUCACACGAAACCUGUGAAAUAAAGGGUUGACGCACAUGAAGAAACAUUACCUAAUAGCUGUAGAGUCGUAGUGCCAUUUAAACUUAAUUUUGGCAUCCUUAUUAAUACCGAGUGCGGAUAACCGAUUUUCGUAUUGGACAUAACGGGAACGGAUGUGACGUGCUAUCGAGUACUUGGUGUUAUCGAUUCGUUUUGACGGUUACGAUUUCUUUUCCACUUUAAAUUGCGAGCACGUGUAAAAGACAUGUUUUGUCAUUUUCGAUUUUCGUUAUUUGAUUUUACUUUCUACUUUUUUUUUUUCGAUCCAAAGUCUUAGGCUAUAGGCGACGAACAAAAUUGUUUGCUUUUGUAUAUAAGUUACUUGCGGCACUUUUAAAUAAUCGCAUUUCGCUUGCUUUUUCUCGGGGCCAUCGUCGAUACGAAUACGACGACAUUGCUGGGAACGUUGCUGGCAACACUUAAUUUCAUCUCGACUGGAGCACGAUGCGACCGUAAACAUAUUUGUGGGAACAUCGAUAUUAGAUCACGUUGUAGUGUCGUGACCCGCUGUUUUUAUUCACAAACUAUCGACGUUCCUGCUAUGGAGUGACGUUCGCAAUAUCGAUAUUUACAAAUUAACUUCAAACAGCCCACACGUCACAGCAAUGUCAGCGUUUUGAUGCAUUUGAAAAAAAAAUCGAUUCCUUUUUAUUCUUAUAAUUUUUUUUUAUUUUUUUUUAUAAAUAAUCUCGAUGCAAAGCAUCUAGAUGUUUAGCGUAAGUGAAUCGAUAGUGCUGUGAUAUUUUUAAUGUAAAUUAGUUUUAUAAGAGUGAUGAUUGUAAUGUAAAGAUUGUGUACAAACCGUUGUUAUUUGAUAUGAUAAUAAUGUUCAGGGAUUCAGCCGGAAUUAUCGUCCCGGUACGUUAUAGUUUUGACAAGUUUAUUGUCAAUACUCGUCGGUGUGCACUCACCGCCCGGGACGGACACCCAGUGACAAGGAAAUAGGAUAAGCAAUCCGCUGCGGCCUUCCGGACCUUCCGGGACGCCUCGACCGCCGCGUGCACGUGCGCACUCGGGCGUGCACGUGUGCCACUUAAACACGGAUGCGAAAGUUCAUUAGCAGAUCGAUGAGCUUUCAAACUCUGCUUAUGAAGGGCCGCAGCGACAAACGAGUCUUUAAAUGCAAAAUACCACCGUUGGUGUGACCGCCGAGACGUAUGUAACGACAAAAAAAAAAGAAAAAAAAAAGAAUUUCAAAAACGAUAGAAAGAUGUUUUUGUCUCCGAAAUAUAUUUUGGGGAGAAGUAUUUACAAGUAUGAAGAGAGCUGUCUUAGUGAUAAAAGUAUCCAAAGACUGUUAGGUAUUUUAUAAAGUUCUUUGAACUUGAAAUUUGACUUAUAAGUCGGGGAUAUAAAAAUAAAAAAAAGAUAUGCGGAUGGCGAUUUUAACGAACGAAUAAAUUAAUGAAAUAGAUAUUCAAACGUAGCUAACGGACGAACUUUACGAGCUUUGACACGACUACGACGCAGGAAUGUCUCCGACGGACGCGGACGGCUCGCCCCCCCGCGGGACCCGCCCCCCGCGGCGCCCACACGGAGCGCUGGAGUCACGAGCCUCCAUGCUUUUGAAAUUACAAAAUUUUCUAAUGUUUUCACGGCUCAACUAAUUAUAGAGGGAUUUUAGUAUUCAUGUAGAGAUGAACGAGUAUCGAUUGAUUUCCUCCCGAUUCGAUAUCGAUUCAUUCACGAUUGCGGAAACUGGACGUCUCGCGUAUUUAUUUGAGCGGUGAAAAACACACACGAUAACAACACGCUAGAUUGGUUCCUCCUUUCGAAAAUUAUGCGGUAGCCGAUUCAAUUGAAUCCGAUGUAUCGAUGGAAGACAAUGCCGAUUAUACGAUAUUAAUCGACGAGUAAUUGAACGUGAUUGUUCGGCAUUAGAGGCUACCGCUUUUAAAAGCUGUCGAUCGAGUGCGAGCUUGCGACAGUACAUAGUAAUUAUCUAUAGCAUUAAAUACAAUUUAAUAUGUGUUGUGGUCCUCAGUAGAGGCUUUCAUUGUUUCAAUAUAAAUAGUAAUUAUUCGAUACAUUCUCUAAUCAUUAAAAAAAUAUAUACCAAUUUUUAAAUUUCGUUGCAAAGGGAACAACGCAGGUUUUCAUAUUCAUUAAACUACAAACAGUUUGAAUAAUUAAAUGAUGCAACUGUAUCGAUACUGGUUUGUUAUUCGAAAUUAACGACCCGAAUCGAAGUAUCGACAUGCCUGUAAACGUGGACAAGCUUGUAUCGAUUUUAUAACAUCGAUGUUCGAAGAAGCGAAUGAAAAUAUUUCCAUUGCUCCUUUUGCGACCGUAUGUGUCCCUAGCUUUUAGGCGUUAGAAGUGUGUUGAACCCCGCGUUAUCUCACUUGUGUGAAUGAUUCCGAAUUUGUGUUCUCACACGAACACAUAUCGACGAGUGAAAGGAAAUUUCGCUUAACACGCGACAUUUAUCUUGGUAAUUAAAAGUCCGUUAUAUUUCGUGUUAGUAUCAACAGUUCGAUAUUUUUAAUUGAAUUUCAGUUUAAGUUUCAAAUACUUGGAGAUUUUUUUUCUUAUGAUAUUAUUUCCAAAUUUUAAAUAUUACACGGCUGUCCUGUUGCAAAAAUUUCGCUUAAAUCAAAUAACUUCACCCGUCGAUAUGCUAGAGAUCCAUUUAGACAGAUCUCCAUAGAGAUAACUUGAAAGUACGUAGGUACUAACUCGAGCGAUUUACAUAAGGGGUUAAACACACGUUAGGUUAGAUUCGAACACAGGGUAUUGUGGUUCUAUUUUAAUGGAAGUGUUAUUUGAUAACUGAUAUGUAAGCUAUAUAAAGCAUCUGAUAUCUGACGAUUGCAUAAUACUACCCCAAUACCCGAAAAGUGUACAAAUAAAAAUAAUAAAAGAGAAAUUUAGAUCAACUAUAAUUCUGUCUGUUUUUAAAAUUAAGUAUUUACGACCGGGUUUCGAAGCUUAAAAAUGUUUGUUCGUUUAAAACGUUUAUUACAGAAGGGACGCGAGAGAUUCGAAUUGAAAAAAAAACUACAAAGAAAAUGAAUGUCGUUCUAGGCCCGGUCCGCGUUAUUUGUACUAAGCUAAAUAAAUUCAUUACAAAAAUUCGUUUAGUGAAUAUUGCAUAAUAAAAUUUAAUGAAUGUUAGUGUUUACUUUGAAGUUAGUCGGACGUGGACGCUUACAGUAUUGUGUCAAAUUUAUAUAAGUACAAAAUCGAUUCUCCUGUCAAUCGAUUUAAUGUCGAUAAGUUGUAAUUUUUCGUCACAUCUCUUUUUUGUUUUUUAAAUUAAUUAGGCUUAUUUCUAGUUAUACACAAACCGAUUCGUUAGAAUAAUUUUGUCAGAUGAAAUGUGGAUUUAUCAAUUAUUUCAGUAAAAUUAGAUGUUUAAAAUAGUUUUGUUUAGAAGAGGCCUAAAACUGUUGUUUAUUGCAAGUCUCCUUGUAAAAUACUUUUAAUAGAAAUCAAGGUCCGGGUGAUCUUUUGUUACGAUAAAUAUCGUUUGCUUUAAAGUUUCCGAGAUUUGAUAUAAGAAUAAAUAUAUUUAAGGAGAAGCAAUUGCAUUUUGCACGCUUCAAGCUUCUUCAAUUGUGUAUAUCCUAGGCCGUUACGUUUGUACGUAUGCAUAUUAAUGUCCUUUAACCCACUUAGAUUUUUGGGAUUCAUUUUCUUUUAAUAUCCGUUAAUUAAGGAAGUUGUUUUUGUAAGCGUAAUAGUAAUAGUUUAAGGUUUGUAAACUUCACAGGGAGAUGUACGGCUAAUCAAAAUUCACACAAUCGAAACAACAUGAAACUUUCACACGUCGAUUUCCUAAAAACGAUAUUUAAAAAGAUACGCUUUAGAAUGCGUACUCGAAAUGUGAUAUCAAUUUUGAUUCAUUGGAAAGAUGUUUUCGGGAAUGUUGUUUUUAGCCUGCUAAUCUGUGGGCUUAGUGCGAGUCUUUUAACGUUCUCGAUAGCGUAAAAGUUAACUCAAUUUUGCUGGAAUGUUUGUCUGCGUUUGCCGCUAGGGGCGCUGUUUCACGUGCAUACAAAUUCGAGUUAACUUUUACGCUAUCGAGAACGUUAGAUAGUGUUUGCGUUUCGAUGGUAGAUGUCGCGUCGUCUCCCGUGAAGUUCAGUUGUUAGUAAAUGUACCGAACUACCUCUGCAUGCCUCCUGGGACGACAGUAAACUAAUUAUAGUGUUUGUUAUUAUUGCUAUGUAACUUUUACACAUAUAUACUACUACUACUACUACUACUACAUAUGUUUAUUAUAAAUUAAUAGUUAAAAAAAAAACAUGCUAAUUUUAAGUAAAAAAAUAGUCGAAGUAAAUAGAGAAAAGAAAAAAGUGUAAGAGAAAAUUAGCGCGAGACAACAGUGUGCGCGGCGCGUGUUUUCGGUUUUAUUGUAAUUCGCUAAUGAAACUCUGUUUGGUAUUUUGAGUCUAUACAUAAUAAACAAUCUGAUUAGUA